AUGUCAACCCGGGAUGCCAAUAUCAAACCACUUCCACCGGAUGUUGUGGCCAAGAUCAAAUCUUCCACGUCGAUCACCAACCUGAACGACGUUAUCGUGGAGCUGGUCAAGAACGCGCUGGAUGCAACUGCGCAUAGCAUCAUAGUGACAGUUGACUUCCAGCGUGGUGGCUGUGUGGUGGAAGAUGAUGGUGAGGGGAUUCCUCCGGCCGAGUUUGAGGUCGGUGGAGGACUGGGGAAGGCGCAUCAUACCUCCAAGUUUCAGUCGGAUCGAGAGGCCCAUGGCCGAAGAGGGCUGUUUCUAGCCUCCCUGGCGUCUCUAUCGUUGCUCACUAUUAUAUCCCGUCACCUGCGCCAUCGGAGCACGAACAGCGUCAUAUUCCAUCAUUCAACACCAAUCGCGCGCUUGAUUCCGGCACCGGUACAGCAGGAUCUGAGUUUCAGCGGCCAUGGAACCUGUGUUACGGUCAAUGACCUCUUCGGGAACAUGCCCGUCCGCGUGAAGAGUCGGGCAUUAGCUCACCAAAAGCCUGACGAAUUAGACAGAGAAUGGGAGGAUCUCAAGCAAAUGCUAGUUGCGUUAAUGCUAGCCAACGACCAGCUAGCGAAAUUGGUUAUCUCAGAUGGCAGCAAAGGCAAGAAGAUAACUAUUCGUCCCCAGAACCAGGGUCAGCGGGCAGGCGAACUGGAUCUUCAGCGGAUUUCGACGAUUCUCGCCCAGGCAGGUCUAAUCAACUUCCAGAACCCUAACGUUUGCUGGAAUGUGGUUUCAGCCUGCGUUCCGGAUUUCUCAAUCCAUGCCGCCAUAUGUCUUGUCCCCAGUCCUACCAAGAGAGUGCAGUUCAUUUCGUUGGGAAUGGCUCCUGUUUUCCCACGAAAUAGUGCGAACAUGUUAUAUAGCGAUCUCAACCAGCUCUUCGCUUCGUCAGACUUCGGUACCACGGGGACUACCUCUGCUUCCGUUCAAAAUUCGCUCGAGGAUGGCCAUAUGAACGCCAAAGUAUUACCAAAAACUGUCAACAAAUGGCCAAUGUUCUAUGUGCGGAUUAAUACCAAUACUCCCGAAAGAUGGUAUGAGGACGGUCAAGAAAUUGCUCCAGAGUCAGACAAGUCCGUUCAACGCAUUCUGGACGUGCUUGCGGCUAUGGUUAACGAGUUUCUGGCGCAGCUCAACCUACGACCGCGUGCCGGAAAGAGAAAACGGAAAGUGCCCCAGGUGUCACCAGAAGCAGAUCAAGAGGACUCGAAAAGCACAAGACAAUCCAGGGAUACCAGGCAAGAUCGUGCCACGGUUUCAGACAGCACGGAAGAAGCUUUUAAUGGUCGAUUGAAACUUCCAUCAUUCAAGAGACCUGUGCCUCCUACAACCAGCCAGCACUUUGGUGAUUGGACUAGGGUUAAGGGUGCCAAAGAUGUUAUAUUCGACACGAAGCUCAAUGCUACGAAGUCUGUUGAUAUUCCGUCAAAAGUUCGCAGUCCCGCUGAAAGCCAGCAGCCCGUGCAUUCGUCCGGGAAUGAAAAAGAGCCAACAACAGAUACGGCAAUGCCCUGGACUGAUCCGUAUACAGAGCGAACACACAUGAUCAACUCACGGACUGGUCAAUCGAUGGAUUCCUUUAAUGCGUGCGAGAGGCCACGCUCGACUGGCUACAUUCAACCGAAUCAGGUAUUGGACCGAGUAAGACGACCAAAAUCAGCCAUUCCCACCGGGCCCGGGAGUUCGUGGAUAGACGGUGUCUUGAAAAAAUGGGAGAAUCCGACCUUUAGCCGAUCUGAGCGACCUAUCAACUCCAUUAAUUUUGGAACAGCGCACGAGCACGAAGCGGACCAGACGACCUUUAAUGCGCACGACUGCUGUGGCGAUCUUUGCGGGUUGAACACAGUCAAAUUCUCCAAGUUCCGGGGGAAGUUAUGGAAGCAACACCUCCAAGGGGCCGAGGUAGUUGCGCAAGUUGACCAAAAGUUCAUCCUUGCGAAAUUACCAACAUCGUCAGUUGGCGGUACUCAGGAUGGAACUGCAUUGGCAUUAAUCGAUCAACACGCGGCGGAUGAACGAUGUCGAGUAGAACGACUUUUUGGGGAGCUUUUUACUUCAGAGUCGGGCGAUUUUGGAGGAGUGCAGACCAUUCCAGUGGAACCGAUCAUGUUUGAGGCUCCAAUAAGUGAGAAACCGCUGCUCAAGCGGUAUCGGAAACACUUUCGAUCUUGGGGUGUCGACUACCGAAUUGAACAAGCCGCAAGCAGGCUACAUGUUUUUGUACAUCUACUCCCGGCCUUGAUAGCAGAACGAUGCCGGACGGAGCCCAGUUUGGUUACCGAUCUCAUCCGCGGCGAGAUUUGGAAGUGCGAAGAGAGCGGAAGCAAACCCAGUUCUACAACCGCACACUUGGAUUUGAAUUCUGGCAGCACUACAUCUUGGGUAGAACGGUUAACAGGUUGUCCCCAAGGGAUCGUUGACUUCCUUAAUUCCCGCGCCUGUCGAACCGCCAUUAUGUUCAACGACGUCUUGAGUAUUCCUGAAUGCCAGCAGUUGGUUGCGCAACUGGCACAGUGCGCGUUUCCGUUUCAGUGCGCGCAUGGUCGACCGUCAAUGGUCCCUAUUUUAGAUAUGGAAUUUCAGGAUUCAUCGUUAUUGGUUAGCGAAUCGUUGGAUUCACUUGCAUUGGGAUUGGAAGAUGGCGAUGGAACAAAUAGGGUUGGAUUUGUCGAGGCGUUUGGAAUGGCAUAUAAAACAGAGAAUAUAGACUAA